AUGGCUGUCCUAAAUCCAAACAACUGGCACUGGGUUGAUAAAAAUACUUUACCAUGGACAAAAGAAUAUUUGAAUACGAAAUUUAUCGAUUACCAAAUUAAUUCUAAAGAUGGUAAAUCAAUUGUGAAAAUUACCAAAGUUACAAAUGUUUCAGGAGAUUCUAACGUAUCUCAAAGAAAGGGAAAACCAAUUUGUUACUUUGAUUUACAUUUAGAUAUGGAUUUGGUCAUAUUGGAUAAAGAUCUCAAGGAACAAUCAACUGGUAAUAUUAAAAUUCCCGAAUUUAUGCAUGAUGAUGAAGAUUUUGAAGUCAGUACUACUGGCUUUGACAAAGAAUUUGAGCCAGUUGUUGUAGCCGAUUUUCUUCCAGCCUUUAGAAAAGUUUUAUUGGAAUAUCAAGAUGAUUUAUUGGCUGAACAUUCUAAAUAUUUAAGAAUGGAUUAA